GAGAGUUGUAAAGAUUAUCGUCAUUUCACCAUAACGAUUCCGAUGAAAACGAGAGCGUAUCAAAACAAAUCCCGCGGUUAGUAGCAGUUUGUUUAUUUAAUUCCGUACAUAUCGUGGGCUACAUUGCUAAUUAGUUAUUUCAUUAAAAUCAUUCAAGUUUGUAGUGCUAUACAGUGCAGUUGCUAAAAAAUAAAAAUUCACUUUGUUUUUCAACACGAUUUAAAACGAGAUUAAAAUUUUAUUAACCUUACGGCAAUUCUUGGUUUGACAUUUAAGGAACAAAAUUAUCAAACUCGACGGUUUAACAUCGUCUUUUGGAAGCAGAUAAUGAGGCAUUUCUCUUAUUUUUGUAUUGGUGUAUUCCUAUGCAUUGUAAGGCUUACGAAAACUCAUUAUACUCAACAAUGGGCUGUGCAUAUCGAAGGUGGAUCCGACGUAGCUGACGCGGUAGCUAGAGAUCACGGUUUCGUUAAUCAUGGAUUGAUAUUUAAAGAUCAUUAUCACUUUUCCCAUAAUGGCGUAGCUAAGAGGUCGUUAAAUCCUAGUGUAGAAACAAAAAUUAAACUUGCAGUAGAUACUAGAGUUAGUUGGGCUCAACAACAAACAGCUAAAAGGAGAGUUAAAAGAGACUUUAAAGUUCAAGACAGUGAUCCAAAAUGGCCGUUCAUGUGGUAUCUGAAUCGAGGAGGAGGUUUGGAUAUGAAUGUAAUACCAGCUUGGAUGGAAGGUAUUACGGGGAAAGGCGCCGUAGUAACGAUUUUAGAUGAUGGUUUGGAGAAGGAUCACCCGGAUCUUCUUCAGAAUUAUGACCCGAUGGCAUCUUAUGAUGUAAACGGGCAAGAUUCAGAUCCAAGUCCUCGUUACGAUAUGAUAGAUUCCAAUAGGCAUGGAACUAGGUGCGCAGGCGAAGUCGCAGCGACAAGUAACAACUCUGUAUGUGCUUUGGGAGUAGCACAUGGGGCCCAAGUAGGGGGAGUGAGGAUGUUGGAUGGUGAAGUAACGGAUGCCGUUGAAGCAAGAUCUCUUAGUUUGAAUCCACAUCAUAUCGAUAUAUACAGUGCUUCUUGGGGACCUGACGAUGACGGAAAAACUGUUGACGGACCUGGGGAAUUAGCUACAAGAGCUUUUAUUGAAGGAGUUACAAAGGGACGAAAUGGGAAAGGUUCCAUCUUCAUUUGGGCUUCUGGUAAUGGUGGUAGAGAUCAUGAUAAUUGCAAUUGUGAUGGUUAUACUAACUCCAUAUACAGUUUGUCAAUUUCAAGCGUUACAGAAAACGGUCAUGUUCCUUGGUAUAGUGAAGCCUGUAGCUCAACUCUUGCUUCAACUUAUAGUAGUGGAGCUUUAGGUGAAAAGCAAGUAGUAACUACAGAUCUGAGGCAUUCUUGUACUAGCAGCCAUACCGGCACUAGCGCUUCUGCACCAUUAGCAGCUGGAAUAUGUGCUUUGGCAUUAGAAGCAAAUCCAAAUUUAACUUGGAGAGACAUGCAGCAUAUUGUAGUAAGAACAGCUCGGCCUCAAAAUCUUAUCGCUACUGAUUGGAGAGUGAACGGAGUUGGCAGGCACGUGUCUCAUAGUUUCGGUUACGGUUUGAUGGAUGCUUAUGCGAUGGUACAAAUGGCUAGAAACUGGACCACAGUUCCCGAACAACAUAAAUGCGAAGUAACUUCUUCGCAGGUUCCAAAAAUGAUACCAGCUAGAAGUAUGGUGGUGCUUCAACUUCAAGUGAAUGAAUGUGCUGGUGUUGAGGUUCUCGAACACGUCCAAGCAAAAUUAACAAUUGAUUCGCAACGAAGGGGUGAUUUAAAUAUCCAUUUAACAUCACCUGCUGGUACCAAAGUUGAUUUGUUAGCUCACAGACCUCAUGAUAAUUCCAGAGCAGGAUUCAGCGAGUGGCCUUUCAUGUCAGUGCACUCCUGGGGUGAAUCACCUAUCGGUUCCUGGCAACUCGAGAUCCAUAAUGAUGGAAGGAUGCUGGGACGAGCCUCUCUGCAAAAUUGGAACCUCGUUCUAUACGGAACGAGAUAUUUCUCUCGCAGUUUUUCUAAUAAUAUCGAAAAGUCGAAUAAUAAACACAGAAACGGAACAAUAAAACGUAAAAAUAAAAAGCACAAAAACAAGAACUUGAAAAAAUCUUACCUAACAACAAAACCAUCAGUUAAUGUUAAAUCAGUAGUGAAAGUGACAACAUCAGCAAACAGUACUCUUCAAAACAAUAACAAAAAUAAAAAAACUUCGGUGACAGGUGCUGAUGUCUCGCCUUAUUUCUACGCGGCAUCAAAUUACAAUAAUAACAAAGUUAGGUUAAAUCAGAACAGUGUCAAGCAAUACUUGAAAUUCGUGAAAAACAUCACAAUAACUUACCCUGUUAUGAUUCCAGCGAGGAACGUUAUAAAAAAUUAUAAUAAUCCGAAAAAAACGCAGAAGUUGAAAGAAAAAAGUCGAGAUAUUAAUUCAAAUCAUAAUUUAAAGCUAGUUGUUGCGAAAACAACCGAAAUUCCUGCUACCACGAAAACGUCUUUAACCACGCGCAAGGAUAGCUCCGGUAAAGUCCAUUAUUGGCAGCUAACACUUUAUGGAACUGAAACUGCUCCUUUGGCUGAUAAUAUUCCAUCAAAGGAAGGCUCAAACACAAUCCCUAAUAAGGUGAACGAAGAGGUACUUUUUAAUACAAUUUAUGAUUCUGCGUCCAACUGGGAAAGUGGAGCCGAGAACCGAAAGGAUGUUUUAGAAGUCGAAGAAAAAGAAACGUCAGGUUGUUCCAAAUCAAAAGGAAAUUUAUGUUUAGAUUGCUUUCAAAAUUUCAUUCUAUAUAAAGGAUUUUGCAUAAAACUAUGCCCAAGAAAAUUCUACAACAACCUCUUAGAGAUGGAUACUCCUGAACAAAUAAAAUCACUGUUAAAGAACCAAACUUGCUCUCCGUGCCAUUACACCUGUCUCUCCUGUAAAGGUUCUUUAGAUUCUGAUUGUACUGAAUGUUAUAACGACGCAGAAAUCGUUAUACCCUCGACGACAGAAUCUUACUGUUAUCCCGUUGGAAUAGUUUCAGAAGUACUAUCUGAAAAAUGGUAUCAUCGUGUGUUUACUAUGAUGUACGUUUUAAUUAUCCUCGCUAUCAUACCUACCUUGCUCUACCUUUGGAUAAGAAAGAGAAGAAACGAUAAUAAGAAGAAAUUAAAUUACCUAAUAGCACAAAAUAUCGAAAGGGAGAACAUCAAGACAACUGCAUAUAGUGAUGACAGGCCUUAGGAGUGAACAUUAACACACUUUGGAAACAUCAAAUUGAUUGUGAUAAAUUAUAUUAAAUAGAUCAUGCUCAAUAAUUAUGAAAAAUCUCAAGAUUUGGGAACAUCGUUCUUAAAAAUUAUAAUAUAGGCAAAAAUUUUCGUUUAAUCUUGAAAUAAAUACUUGUAAUUCAUUUUAAUUUAACAAUUCGUUGUUUUACUUGACAUAUUUCAUAAUUUCUGUCAAUAUAUAUAUAUAUAUAUAUAUAUAUAUAUAUAUAUAUAUAUAUAUAUGCAACAUAUCAAAUUAUUGAAAUAAAAACACAAAUAUAGUAUUUUAAACAAAAAUUCCGUUGCAGGUCAACAAUAUUUCCCAUUAAUUUUAUACAAUUAAGUAAAUUAUUUCUCCUAACAUAAAUAAAAUAAAACAUUCCUAUGCUUUUCUAACGAUUAGACAAUAUUGCUAUGUCGUGAGGAUAUAGUAACUGUAAGUUAAUUCGCCCACGCCAAACCAAUGUUGCAAAAAGUACCCCUUCAUUAUUUUGAGCCAUAAAUAUCGAUAAAUUUUAGGUUUUUUGUUUUUUUGUUAUUAUGAGCACUUGAAACAAAAAUUUUUCAAUUAUUUGACACUUAAAUUUAAGGUGGACAAAAAAGUUGUAAUCGUCCACAGGAUAUACAAUGAUUUCAACAAGUCAUCAAUUCAAUUUACUAACAAAGGCUUUAAAGUAAAUUAUCCAUAAGUCACAUAUUAUCAAAUUAUUUUAAUGAAUUGUAAUCCGUAUAACUGAGGGCCGCAUAAUCGCGUUUCUACUGUAUUUUAUAUAACUACCGUACUUUAAGAAAAAUAAACAUCUACCAAUUCAAAUUAUAGUGCAAAAUAAGUGGUUUUCUUUGGGCAAAUUAGCAUCUCGUCUAUGUAAUCAAAAGUGUGUAAACGUCGAUAUAGGCAACCUCUAAAUCACCUGAAAUUAAUUCCUGCUUUUAUAAGCAAAAUUUUUCUCUGUUAGAUUUAAUUAACGAUAAGUUUAAAAAAAAAUAAUAUGCUUGCUUCACUGAUUCACUUUGUUUUUAUUAUCUUUCAUACAAGAAGAUCUUUCUCAAUAAUAUUAUAAAGGAUAUUUGAUUUUUAUAUUUUGGGUGGGUAUUUGAUAUGUUUGUCCACUUUUUACUUUAUUCUUCAAAUUAUUCAACUUCUGGAUAUCAUAUGAUAGAUUUUACUGCAUCUUUUUUUUAAUAUACGAGAGGUUCGUUCACUAGUUUAUUUUUUAUAUUAAUUUCAUCACUACUAUUACCAGUUUAUUUUUCAAGUGUUUGAUUGGUUGCCUAUUAGAAAUAGAGCAUCUUUUGAAUGAACUGACUAUAUCCAUAAAAAUAUUUCACGACUGGCAGGGUUAGAGUGAUAAUAAAUUGAAUUCUAGUGCCUUUAUUUACAAAUAUAAACAGGCAUUUUACUGGUUUUGUAUUAUUAGUAUAGAAUUUUAUUAUUCUUAAACCCAAUAUUUUUUUAUGUCCCCUACACUGAAUUGAAUAUAUUUAAUUUCUUGUUUAAAAAUUAUGUAUGGCAAGUUUUUUCAAAUAACUAGCUGUUAGGUAAGAGCAGGAUCUGUGAUUUUAUGCCAAAAUAUAUUUUUAAACUACAUUUCCUUAGAAAUAAUUUUAAUUUAAAUAUGUUUUACUUAUACGGAAACUGCUCUUGAAAUUAAAUUUUAUAUAUUUAAUUUUUUUAUUUUUAAUGACUGAACAACAGGGCAUGCGUUUUAAUUAUAGUUUUUUCAUUAUUAAUGUACAAUUUCUCUACCCCUACAUAUUUUACUAUCACCACACCUACAUAUUUGGGCGAUUUGCAAGGAUUCAAGAGUCAAGACAUGUACAGUUACUAUAAAAAAUUGGAUACUUUAUAUUUUUGGACACAUUUUUAGAUAAAUUAUUUUUUAUAAUAAAUUCCGCACUUGUUUUUCGCUAGGUGCCAUACAUAUAAACAUAAUAAAAAUUAUGUUGGGGUACCGAACAUUUAUAUUGAUUCCAACACUGUGUAUUCUGUACUUAUUUAUAAAACUUCCACAUUCGCAAAUAAAGUUCUAUUGUACUCAAUACCUGUGCAUGGUGAUUUUCUUCUACUUUAAAAGUUGCUAUUAUAUACAGUAAUAUUCAAAAAUCUACUCUUUAUCGUGUAACAAUUAUACAUAAACAUAUUUGGGAACUGAAUAUUAAGAGUUAUGAACUCCCCUACUAGUAAUGAUACUAAUCUUGUUUUUGUUUAUUCAUACUGAAAAUUUAAUAUUAAUUACAGAUUGAAGAAUCGAAUGUAAUAAUUUUUUAAAGUGAGUUCCAUUUACUUUCUUACAGUGUAGUAUCCUAUUCUGGAACUCUUGUAGUUUUUUUUUUCAAAUGUAUCCAUGGAAACAGCCCUACAUCCUAUAAAAAUACGUUUAAAACAUCAAUAUUUCUAGGUUUAAUUUCAUGAACCUUCGAUAUGAGACACCCAAAAGACAGAUGAUUGAGUUGGUCAUUCCAUGAAACCUCGUUCUCCAAUCCUUCUAUCAAACUAUCCCUCAUAUGAAGACAGUACUACUGCAACUUAUGGUGUGGAAUAGCACUAUCCUGUUGUAAUAUUACUUCCAGCUUAUCGAAAGCUUAAGGUUUCAUGGCUCUCGUACAUUUUGCAUACUCUCCAGAUGAAUGUCACCAAAUAAUUUAGUAUUUACAAAAUCAGGAACCGGUCCCAACAUUGACCUUCUCAGAAAACUUAGUAUGUGAGGAUUUGAAUCACUUCCAUACCUCACAUUCUAUGCAUUUACGUAUCCAUUUAGAUAAAAAUUACUGUCACUAAAACAAAUGAUUGCUAUUGGUUGAUUUUCGUGUCUAUAUUUUCACAAAAUUACAAUUACAACUUUAGUACUUGAAGAAGGAUGUUACUUCUGUUAAUAUAUCGAUAAAAAAUUUAUUAUUUCACAAGUAUUCAUAGGCAAAGUUUCAAUUUUAAUAUCAACUGAUUACAUUUAUCAUAACAUUGCAUUUUAUAAAAUUCAAUUAUCAAAAUAUUCCAUUUAAAAUUAUUAUUCUCAAUAAAAUUGUGACAAAUACAUAAUUAUUAUCACUAGUACUACCCUUAAUAUUCAGUUUCCAUAUUUAGUUAGUUUAUGAUAGAUAAGAGGAGGAUGUGACAUUUGAAUAACACUGUAUACAAAUUUUUAGUUGCUGCUGUACCCUAUGUAACAUCUUUGAACACCGUGCACGUUAUUUUACUUUUAUUAGACUUUAUUUAUGUUUUUAGUCGGUUUUUUUUUCUACAUAAUAAAUCGAUGGCUACAAAACUGUUUUUUUAUAAAAAAGUUUGUUUCUAUGGACCAUUGAGAUGGCUACAAAUGCUGAACAACAUAAAUAUAAUUAUAUUUUUUCUUAUUUUGAGCCGCAAAUUCUAUUUUGAAAAUAAAACGCUCUGGAAUUGCUGGUCUACGUUAGUAAUGAAGGUUAUAUGUGAAAUAUUAAUAUAUUUUUAAAAUCACUUAAUCAAAUUAUAGUAAUAUUACUAGUUUUAAUUACAGUGCCUCAAUAUUAUUGUUAUCAAAACUAUCUUAACUGUUAGUAAUAAAUAAAUUUAAAUUAAUGAAA